AUGUCGGCCGAAUCUCCCGAACUCGAAGUGGACGGCGAGUCGAUCCACGAGCUCUUCAGCGCCCGUCAGGGCAUAACCUACAAUGAUUUUAAUAUCCUUCCGGGAUACAUUGAUUUCCAAGUCGGCCAGGUGGAGCUGGAGACGAAACUUACAAAGGGUAUAACCCUCAAGGCACCACUCGUCUCCUCGCCGAUGGACACCGUCACCGAAGCCGAAAUGGCCAUCGCGAUGGCGCUUCACGGCGGCAUCGGGAUAAUCCACGGCAAUUUCCCGAACCACGAAGCUCAGGCCGCCGAGGUGCUGAAGGUCAAGCGCUACAAGCAAGGCUUCAUUUCCAACCCGAAAUGCAUCAAGCCCACCGACACUGUCAAGGAUUUGAUGAUCAUCAAGGCGAAGCAUGGUUUCACCGGAACCCCCGUCACCGACACUGGAAGCCCCGGCGGAAAACUGAUCGGUCUCGUCACCUCCCGCGAUGUUGAUUUCAUCCCGGAAAGCCGCUACACCACCACCCUCAUUCAAGAUGUAAUGGUACCCCGCGAUCGGCUGAUGACUGGCAAAGAGGAAAUAGCCUUGAAAGAGGCCUAUGAGAUCCUGGAAAAUGAGAAGAAAGGAAAGUUGCCGAUCGUUGACAGCGAGGAUCAUCUUGUUUCACUGAUCGCACGCACGGAUUUGAAGAAGGCCCGUGAGUUCCCGCUCUCCACCUACGACGAAAAGCGCCAACUCCGUGUCGGUGCCGCGAUCAACACGCGAGAAGCCACCCGUGCGGCUAUUCCCAUGCUCGCCAAGGCUGGAGUUGAUCUACUUGUCAUUGACUCUUCCAAUGGCUCUUCAAUGUGGCAAGUCGACCUGAUCAAGCACAUCAAGUCCGAAUAUCCCAACCUGCAAGUCAUUGCUGGAAACGUUGUGACACAAGCCCAGGCAAAGAUGCUGAUCGAUGCCGGGGCUGAUGGUCUGCGCAUUGGAAUGGGAUCUGGCUCGAUUUGUAUCACUCAAGAAAUCAUGGCCGUUGGAAGGGCCCAAGCUACGGCUGUCUAUCAGGUCGCCAAAUAUGCUCGGCAAUGCGGAGUGCCGAUUAUCGCCGAUGGUGGCAUCCGCGACGUCGGCUACAUCACCAAAGCGCUCGCACUUGGAGCUUCCGCCGUCAUGAUGGGCGGCCUCCUCGCCGGCACCACUGAAGCCCCCGGUGAGUACUUCUGGGGAGCACAAGGUGUUCGUCUGAAGAAAUACCGCGGCAUGGGCUCAAUCGAUGCAAUGGAAGCCCACGCCAGCAGCCAGGACCGCUAUUUCACCAGUGAAGCCGAUCAAGUCAAGGUGGCGCAGGGAGUCUCUGCUACGAUGCGCGAUCGUGGGAGCAUUCACAAGUUUGUGCCUUACCUUAUCCGCGGCGUGCAGCACGGCUUCCAGGAUAUCGGAAUCCAAUCGUUGUCAGAGAUGCACGAAAAAGUGUCGGCUGGCCUCAUCCGCUUCGAAAGACGCUCCCCGAAUGCUCAACUCGAGGGCGGUGUCCACUCCCUGCAUUCGUACGACAAACGUCUCUAC